AUGUCCCCCACUCAGCCUCGCAUUGCCAUCGUCGGUGGUGGCCCCGCCGGCUUCACCGCCCUCCUCACUCUCCACAAGCGCGGCAUUCCUGCCACCCUCUACGAGCGCGAGGUCAGCGCGACGUCCCGCUCCCACCUCGGCGGCACCAUCGACCUCCACUGGAACUACGGCCAGCGCGCGUUCCGCGAGAACGGCCUCCGCGAGGUCUUCGACUCUGUCUCUCGCCCCGAAGCCGACGAAUACCACAUUGCCGGCAAAGACGGCGUGACCCUCGUCGCGAUCCCCGCCAGCCGCAAGACGAAGCCCGAGGAGUUCAACCCCGAGAUCGACCGCCCCGUCCUCCGCAAGAUCAUGAUCGACGCCGUCCCCCCCGAGUCCAUCAAGUGGGGCCACGCGCUCGCGUCCGUGCGCGCGCUCGGCGGCGGCGAGCACGAGCUCACGUUCACCAACGGCACCACCACCGUCUGCGACCUCCUCAUCGGCGCCGACGGCGGCCAGUCGCGCGUCCGCCCGCUCGUCUCCCCCGCGGAGCGCAUCUACACCGGCAUCAACGGUGCCGAGAUCUCUCUCGCGCCCGGGGUCAUCGACCGCGAGGACAUGGCCGACCUCGGGGCAGCCAUCGGCAAAGGCACGCUCUUCGCCCGCACCGGCACCGGCCGCGUCCGCACCUACCCCUGGUUCCUCGCCCCUGAGGACUGGAAGCUCCCCGAGGACCCCUCUGCGGCGCGCGCCGCGCUCCGCGAGCGGUUCGCCACCUGGUCGCCCGUGCUGCUCAAGCUUAUCGACCACGCGGACGACGCGGCGGUGUACCAGCGCGCGCUGUACAUGCUCCCGGUGGACCACACCUGGACGCACGUCGACGGAGUCACGAUCGUAGGCGACGCGGCGCACCUCAUGACGCCCUUCUCGGGCAUGGGCGGGAAUGUCGCGAUGCUCGGCGCGCUGGAGAUGGGGAUUGCGGUCGCGGAUGCGAUCAACGCGGGGGCGACGAGGGAGGAGCGGGAGGCGGCGAUUGCGGCGUGUGAGGCCAGCACGUUCAAGAAGGCGCAGAAGUGGGCGCAGAAGACGUUUGAGGGCCAGGAGAAGGCGUUCCAGGAGGGGACUCCGGGGAAGCUCAUGGACGAGAUGAACGCAAGCGCUGUCGACAAGAAUGACUAG